UCGCGUCGCUUCUGGUUCUCAUAGCGGCUGGAACUUGUUGGGGAUGGAGAUGAUGAAGAAGGGGCUGCAAUAACUGAGUUGUUGUUGGGUGUGGCUAGGUUUGGCGUCAGGCUUCCUGCGUCUUCAGUGUUUGAGUUGUCCAUUUCUUGGAUUGAAUCCAUGGAGAUGAAGAGCAAGAACUAAGACAAUAUUUCUUCUUGUUUAUAGAUACGGUUCUGGUUGUUCGUAGGAAAGGGUUCAGAGUUCAGAAAGAGAGGGAAAAAAAAUGGAGGAAGUUAAGAAGAAAAACGAGCCAAUUUUGCCAUGGAUGCGAAGGCCAGUUGACGUCACUCAGUUUGAAGAGCGAACUCUUGAAGCCAUCCCUUGUCUGGACCCAAGGUUGAAGGUGGCUUUGCAGAAGAUGAGUAUUUCGUCACUCUUCCCUGUGCAAGUUGCAGUUUGGCAAGAGACGAUUGGACCUGGCUGUUUUGAACGAGACCUCUGCAUCAAUUCGCCGACUGGAAGUGGUAAAACUUUGGCUUAUGCUUUGCCAAUAGUGCAAAUGUUGUCCAAUCGUGCUGUCAAAUGCUUGCGUGCUUUGGUGGUUUUGCCUACCCGUGAUUUAGCCUUGCAGGUGAAGGAAGUUUUUUCUGCAAUUGCACCGGCAGUUGGUUUAACUGUUGGUUUGGCUGUGGGCCAGUCUUCCAUUGCUGACGAAAUUUCAGAUCUUGUUAAGAGGCCUAAGCUUGAGACAGGAAUCUGUUUUGACCCAGAAGAUCACUUUCAACACUUGCAAAGUGCUGUAGAUAUAUUGGUGGCCACUCCAGGAAGGCUUAUGGACCACAUCAAUGCAACUAAGGGAUUUACACUUGAGCAUCUGUGUUACCUUGUUGUUGAUGAAACUGAUCGAAUGCUUAGAGAGGCAUAUCAAGCCUGGCUUCCAACUGUACUUCAAUUGACUCGCUCUAAUAGUGAAAGCCACUUUCUUUGUGGAACUACUUUUAAUCAUUCUACAUUUGGUUCCUUAAAAACCAUAAGGAGAUGUGGUGUUGAGAGGGGAUUCAAGGAUAAACCUUAUCCCAGGCUCGUGAAGAUGGUUUUAUCUGCCACAUUGACGCAAGAUCCAAGCAAACUCGCUCAGCUUUAUCUACAUCAUCCUUUAUUUUUGACAACUGGGCAAAGCCGUUAUAAGCUGCCAGAUAAAUUGGAAUCAUACAAACUGCUUUGCGAGUCAAAGCUGAAGCCCGUGUAUUUGGUUAGUCUUCUGCAAAGUUUAGAAGGGGAGAAGUGUAUUGUCUUCACUUCAUCCGUGGAGUCAACUCAUCGGCUAUGCACCUUGCUGAACUUUUUUGGAGAUCUGAAAGUGAAGAUCAAGGAGUAUUCAGGUCUUCAGCACCAAUCUGUAAGAAGCAAGACUCUGAAGCAAUUUCGUGAAGGGGAGAUACAAGUGCUUGUUUCCUCUGAUGCAAUGACUCGUGGGAUGGAUGUUGAAGGGGUAAGAAAUGUUAUUAAUUAUGAUAUGCCUGCCUACAUCAAGACAUAUAUUCAUCGAGUUGGUCGGACAGCAAGAGCAGGCCAGACUGGUCGUUGCUUCACUUUGUUGCGUAAGGUCGAGCUAAGGCGUUUCAACAAGAUGUUACAAAAAGCUGACAAUAACUCUUGCAUCGAUCACUCCCUUCCGUCCAGUUCAAUCGAGUCACUUCAACCAAUUUAUAUAUCUGCACUGGAAAAGUUGAAAGAGACAGUUGAAUCUGAAGCAUCGAGGAAACGUAAAUUCGGGUUCAAGUUUUCUAAAAUUGGGAAAGGCAAGAAAGCACACGGUACAAAGGUAUAAUUCUUUGAAAUUCUGGUAGUUUAUAGAUGCCAUAUAAUUCGAAUGACUUCUGAUUUGGCGCUUGAGAGAGGCCAUUAAAUUAAAAUAUGCGAGAAGUGGAUCACUUAAGCAUAUUCAGGUGACAGACAUUUUUCUAGGAGAAAUGGUUUUUGGUUACUUGGAGGUUAUAGAAUAGGUGCCAAUUUGUAUCGUUUUGUGCAACAUUUUUAGACUGGACUAGUAGUCAAACUGAUUGUUUCACCAGUUUGCGAUUUGACUGGCUGGCUGGUUCAAUAGAGAAAUAAUAUUCUUAAAGAAAUUCAAAUCCA